AUGAUUAACGACGACGGAAAGCUUGUUGACCUUUACAUUCCACGCAAGUGCUCUGCCACUUCGCGUUUGUUGCCUGCUCGUGAUCACGGGUCGAUCCAGAUCAACAUCGGCUUGACCGACGAGAACGGUGCUUACAACAACCAGAACGUGUCAUUCGCUCUUAGCCGUACCCUAAGGUUGGGAGGUGAUGCUGACGAGGCUAUGAACCGCCUGUUCAAAGAGCACGGUCUACUCUAA